AUGACGACCGAUCUCCACCGCAUCUCUCUCCCACUUCAACACCAGUCCACCACCUCCAACCACCGCAUUUUCACCUGCAAUGUUGACUACAAGCGACACCGUGGUUACCGUUACCUGCAUCCGCCACGUAUCGUUCACAAACGACUUCCUAACCUCCUCGUCGUCGCCAAGGCAGUCGAUCUCAACUCUGCUUCCAAGACCACGUCUCAACAACCAGGCCGGGAAGUCCAUCCUUCUGUGCUCCUCGAUGUAACUGGAAUGAUGUGUGGCGCGUGCGUCUCACGUGUCAAGUCUAUCUUGUCGUCUGACGAGCGAGUGGAAUCGGUGGUGGUCAAUAUGUUGACGGAGACGGCGGCGAUUAGGUUGACUGCUGAUGCGGAGGUGAGUGGUGUGAAUGCGGCGGAGGAAUUCGCUCGGAGGUUGACGGAGUGUGGAUUUCCAUCAAACAGGAGGGCGUCGGGGUUAGGGAUUGAAGAGAAAGUGAGGAAAUGGAAGGAAACGGUGGCAAGGAAAGAGGCGUUGAUGAUUGAGAGUAGAAAUAGGGUUGUUUUUGCUUGGACUUUAGUUGCUUUAUGCUGUGGAUCGCAUGCUUCUCAUAUAAUGCAUUCUCUCGGCAUUCAUAUCGGUCAUGGCGCAUUAAUGGAAAUACUUCACAACUCCUAUUUCAAGGGCAGUUUAGCUGUUGGGGCUUUGUUGGGACCUGGAAGAGAUUUGCUAUCUGAUGGUCUUACGGCAUUCUUUAAGGGAUCUCCAAAUAUGAACUCUCUUGUCGGAUUUGGAUCCAUUGCUGCAUUUAUGAUAAGUGCGAUCUCACUUCUAAACCCCGAGCUUGGAUGGGAUGCGACAUUCUUUGAUGAGCCGGUCAUGCUUCUUGGUUUUGUUCUCCUGGGACGUUCACUCGAAGAAAGGGCAAGACUUAGGGCGUCUAGCGACAUGAAUGAAUUAUUAUCGCUGAUAUCCACACAGUCACGAUUAGUGAUAUCUUCCUCUGAAAGUGAUAAAUCUGCUGAUAGCAUACUAAGUUCUGAUUCUAUCUGUAUUGAAGUCCCUACUGAUGACAUUCGAGUUGGAGACUUGGUAUUGGUUUUGCCAGGAGAAACUAUUCCUGUAGAUGGUAGAGUUAUCGCAGGGCGAAGUGUUGUGGAUGAGUCCAUGCUCACUGGCGAGUCCCUUCCUGUUUUCAAGGAAGGAGGUCUUUUAGUCUCGGCCGGAACAAUAAACUGGGAUGGUCCACUGAAAGUUGAAGCUUCUUCCACAGGCUCCAACUCAACAAUAACAAAGAUCGUCAAAAUGGUAGAGGAUGCUCAAGGCCGUGAAGCACCUAUACAGAGGCUUGCAGAUUCGAUUGCUGGGCCAUUUGUGUACAGUGUUAUGACUUUAUCAGUAGCAACAUUUGCCUUCUGGUACUAUGUUGGGGUAAAUGUUUUUCCAGAUGUGCUGCUUAAUGACAUUUCUGGGCCAGAGGGAAAUCCUCUGCUUUUGAGCUUAAAGCUUUCCACGGAUGUCUUGGUUGUCUCUUGCCCAUGUGCACUAGGCCUUGCGACACCAACUGCCAUUCUUGUCGGAACCUCUCUAGGAGCUAAGCAGGGACUUCUUAUCAGAGGAGGUGAUGUGUUGGAACGCUUGUCAGGCAUCGACAUUGUUACACUUGACAAGACAGGGACUCUUACAGAAGGAAAACCUGCUGUUUCUGCUGUUGCAUCUUUCAGUCAUGGAGAAGCAGAGAUCCUCCAAUUGGCUGCUGCAGUAGAAAAAACAGCAUCACAUCCCAUUGCAAAGGCUAUCAUAUCUAAAGCAGAAUCAUUGAAUUUAAACAUUCCAGUUACAAGUAGGCAGUUGGCAGAACCAGGUUUUGGUACUUUGGCAGAAGUAGAUGGCCAUUUGAUUGCCGUUGGCUCUAUGAAAUGGGUUCAUGAACGUUUCGAGCACAGGAAAAACAUUUCUGAUAUAAUAAAUCUGGAGCAGGAUGUGAUGCAAAAAUCAUUUGAAGGUCGUUCAUCGUCGAAUCAUUCACAGACAGUUGUUUUCAUUGGUCGGGAAGGAGAGGGGAUCAUUGGUGCUAUAGGAAUAUCUGAUAAUUUACGUCAAGAUGCUGAGUUUACCGUGAAAAGGCUACAGCAAAAGGGGAUUAAAACAGUCCUCUUAUCAGGAGACAGGGAAGAGGCAGUUGCAAGUGUAGCAAAGACAGUGGGAAUAGGAAGUAAUCUUAUAAAUGCAUCCUUGACUCCACAACAAAAAUCUGGUGCCAUCUCAAAUCUGCAAACUGCUGGCCACUGUGUUGCAAUGGUGGGCGAUGGGAUCAAUGAUGCACCUUCCUUGGCUCUAGCUGAUGUUGGAAUCGCUUUGCAAAUUGAAGGACAGGAAAAUGCCGCCUCUAAUGCAGCAUCCAUUAUACUUCUUGGGAACAGACUUUCACAAGUGGUAGAUGCACUCGAUCUUGCAAAAGCAACAAUGUCGAAAGUUCAUCAGAAUUUGUUGUGGGCAGUGGCAUAUAAUGUGGUUGCAAUCCCAGUUGCAGCUGGAUUGCUGCUUCCUCAUUUCGAUUUUGCAAUGACCCCAUCGCUAUCAGGUGGACUGAUGGCGUUCAGCUCAAUCUUUGUCGUGAGCAACUCGCUACUUCUACAACUUCAUGGGAAAAUGCAAAAGAGAGAUACCAACUCAAUCAGUUGAAUCUUGAGGUUCUUCUGUCUGUCGAUAAUUUUAUGAGGGGCUCGUUAAUUAUACGUAACUAGAGGAAAGGCCUAAUGCUUGAAGUUGUUGUACCUUUGCCAUAGCUCAACUAGAGUAGAAGCUCUUUUAGCAAAUGUUUAUGUAUGCUUGAGAUUUAAAAGUGGUUGAUGGAACAACUUUUACACGAUAAAUUCAUCUUAAAAGUGUUGAUAAUGAACGGUGUGAAAUUGAA